GCGCUGCUUCUGCGCUACAAACCCGUUCGCACCUUCUUCAAGUUUCCGGAGGUCGUGCCUCCGCCCAAAACCAAGGUCAAAAAAGCCGGUUUUGUUGCCGGUUUUCGUGAAUCGAUGCACAACUCGAAAUUGCUGGCUGAACUGGAGGCCAGAGAACGCGCAGACGCCGAGCGCUGGCAAAAGGCUGGUCUAGGGACCGCGCCAAAAACCUACGCGCAUGAUCCUACGCGCCUGUCUGCCCGUAAAAGGGUUCCCCUCAUCAAUGUGAAGGGUGUAGUCUCUUCCCCGCCCGCGGCGGCCAAAAUGGUCAAGUAG